AUGCAUCCUAAAGUGUAUGAGGCUGCAAAGUCGGGAGACUCUGAUUCCUUUGAGACAAUAAUAUCAGGAAAUGAAGAGGACAUUUUCCACCAAACAACACCAAAGGAGAACAACAUUCUUCAUGUUGCGGCUCAAUACAAGCAGGGUAACUACAAAGGGGACACUCCCCUACACCUAGCUGCUAAAGUGGGAAGCUAUAGAGCGGUUCGAGCCUUCAUUGAUUUGGCAAAAUCACUUCAUUGGGUUGUUAAUAACGGACGAGUUAAUGCGUGCAAAGAGCUACUUCGAAAGCAGAAUUUGAAUAAGGAUACUGCACUGCACCAUGCCACAGAGGGACAAUCGGCUCUUCACAUUGCAGCAUUUCGAGGCCACAUCAAUGCCAUUGACGGGCUCAUUACAUCCUGUCCUGAUGCUUGUGACAUUAUAAACAACAAAGGACAAACGGCUCUACAUGUAGCUGUUAUGGGUGGACAAGUGAGUGUAGUCAAGUACAUACUAGGGAUGCCAAAUCGGGAGGAUCUUAUCAACGAACAAGACACUAAUGGGAACACGGCUCUGCAUUUGGCCGCACUUCAUAAAGAAAAUGACAUUAUAGACAUACUUGCACGAGACAAGAGGGUGGACCGUUUGGCUAAAAAUAAAGAUCAUUUAACUGCCCUUGACAUUUUUUCUGCUCAUGAGGAGAUCGACUUCAGUGCUAGAAAUGUUUCUUACCUAUUGGAAGGAUCUCAUGGAAUAUCGGGCUUUCAAGCCUGGUUCAUUGAACAUGGCAAGAAGAGCAUCGUGGACGUUCAACUACUAGUGGCAGCACUCAUAGCCACAGUGAGCUUCACUGCGGCCGUCGCAAUGCCUGGAGGUUAUAACAACGACGGACCCAACCGGGGAAUGGCGAUUCUUGCUGGCAGGGCAGAUUUCCAAGCCUUUGUCCUAUGCAAUAGUAUUGCUUUCCUUCUCUCUGUCCUGGCAAUAAUCUUACAUUGUCAAAGUUGUGCGUUCAGCUUUCAUCAAGAGCCGAAAUACAUCCUGACUGUGGGAGGUUGCAUUGAAGUUGCGAUAGCCGCGAUGGGGCUCGCCUAUAUUUUCGGGAUGUUCACUGUAUUAAUCAGGCCCACCGGGAGUACCGCGGAAAGAGUCGCUCCUUAUAUUGCGUAUGGAUUUCUGUCCACUUUGUGCUUCAUUUAUGAGUUCACCGACCCCGAGGCUCAUUCGUGGCUGCUAGGUAGCUCUCCCAGAGGAGGAUACAUCCGAAAGUUUUUUACUGUCAUUUUCGGUUGGGCCGGUUCUGCAAACCAGUGA